UCACUCUCUCAAAACCAACGGGUGUACUUUGCUCUUUUUGUCACCUCUCUCUCUCUCUCUCUCUUUUUCUUUCUAUCUUUUUUUUAUAGUUCUCAACCACAACUCACGAUCCUUUUCGUCUUACAUUGGACUUCUCUGUUCUCUCUCUAUUAUGAGAGAUGGAGUCUCUCCAAUUGACCACCAAGGUUUCUUCAUGCAUACCAUCUUCUAGAAAUCCGGUGCAAGCUAAAUUUAGCAACUUUACAGUAGUUGGGCAAGUGGGUUAUGCUCCUUUUUGGAGGGGAAGAAGUGGAAGUAGGUGUUUGAGGAUUAGAGCAUCAGUUUCAGGUGGUGGUGGUGGGCGUGGUAGCAGUUCACAAGAUGGGAAUUUUGCUGUAGAAGAUGAAGAAAAGGAGGAAAAAAAGGGACUUCUUUUGGGCACAGAGAUGGAUGGCUCUGGCUCUGUUGUUGGCUUUAACUUGAUUCCUCAAUCUGGUAAAGUUGAAUUCAAUGGGGUCAAUGACUCUUCCAAAGAAACAACUACCAAUGGCCUGGAAGACUCUGAGGACAUAGGAAGAGAAAAGAAUGCCAAGACAAGAGUAACCCACAAUAUUGUUCUUGUCACUUCUGAAGCAGCACCAUAUUCAAAGACAGGUGGCUUAGGAGAUGUUUGUGGUUCUUUGCCUAUAGCAUUAGCAGCUCGUGGACACCGUGUAAUGGUCGUCUCUCCUAGAUAUAUCAACGGUACACCUGCAGAUAAGAAAUUUGCUAAUGCUGUUGAUUUAGAUUGCCUCAUCAAAGUAUAUUGCUUUGGAGGGGUUCAGGAAGUUGGCUUCUUCCAUGAGUAUAGGGAUGGUGUUGAUUGGGUAUUUGUUGACCACCCCUCAUACCAUAGACCUGGAAAUCCAUAUGGGGAUAUAUAUGGUGCUUUUGGUGAUAAUCAGUUCCGGUUCACUUUACUUUGCCAUGCAGCAUGUGAAGCUCCAUUAGUGCUUCCACUGGGAGGGUUCACUUAUGGGGAGAAAUGUCUGUUCCUUGUCAAUGACUGGCAUGCAAGCCUUGUGCCAGUACUUUUGGCAGCCAAGUAUCGUCCAUAUGGAGUUUAUAAAGAUGCCCGAAGCAUUCUUGUAAUACAUAACCUGUCACAUCAGGGAGUGGAACCAGCAACAACAUACAUGAAUUUGGGACUACCUCCAGAGUGGUAUGGAGCCGUGGAAUGGGUGUUUCCAACAUGGGCAAGGAAACAUGCUCUAGACACAGGUCAAGCAGUCAAUCUUCUGAAGGGUGCAGUUGUGACAGCUGAUCGAUUACUGACAGUUAGCCAGGGGUAUUCCUGGGAAAUAACAACAGCUGAAGGUGGAUAUGGUCUAAAUGGGCUUUUAAGCAGUCGAAGGAGUGUUCUUAAUGGGAUCACAAAUGGCAUUGAUGUUGCUGAAUGGGACCCAUCUUCAGAUGAGCAUAUUGCUUGCCAUUAUUCUGCUGAAAAUCUUAAUGGAAAGGCACAAUGCAAAAUUGCUUUGCAGAAAGAAGUGGGUCUUCCCGUUAGGCCUGAUUGCCCAUUGAUUGGAUUUGUUGGGAGACUGGACUACCAGAAAGGCAUCGACCUGAUCCGGUCAGCAAUUCCAGAAAUAAUGGAAGAUGAAGUACAAUUUGUUAUGCUUGGAUCUGGGGAUCUAGAAUUUGAAGACUGGAUGAGAGCAACAGAGUCUGCUUAUAAAGACAAAUUUCGGGGUUGGGUUGGAUUUAAUGUUCCAAUAUCUCAUAAGAUAACUGCAGGCUGUGACAUACUGUUGAUGCCCUCAAGGUUUGAGCCCUGCGGACUAAAUCAAUUGUAUGCAAUGAGAUAUGGAACUGUGCCAGUGGUUCAUGACACUGGAGGACUCAGAGAUACCGUAGAAAAUUUCAAUCCAUUUGUUCAGGAAGGCCAUGGUGAAGGUACAGGGUGGACUUUUUCUCCACUAACAAAAGAGAGUAUGUUAGCGGCUUUAAGAAAUGCUACUCGAACUUAUAGAGAGCACAAGUCUUCUUGGGAAGGAUUGAUGAAAAGAGGUAUGCAGAGGGACUACACAUGGGAAAAUGCUGCUAUCCAAUAUGAACAGGUUUUCGAAUGGGCUUUCCUUGAUCCACCUUAUGUCAGCUGAGCGUGUAAAAAGAAGAAACAAAGGAAGAACAAUGACAAAAGUUCGACAUUUUAAUUGGUUCAGACUUAUAUGGGACAUGUUCUGUGUCAUAUUAGCUUGGAGAUCACACUAGUGAAACAUUUUUUUUUCUUCCCCCUUGCAUGGUGGGUAUGGAUUUUUACCAUAAUUUUGGUCAUUAUUUUUGUUUAGAAGAUAUAACUAAUAUUACAAUUAGCACUCAUUCUUCCAUAUAGUAUAUGUUGUAAUAUGUCUUUUUAUAUAUAGAGAAAAUACACGGAGAACUUAUACUA